CUGUACCAAGGCGGCAGCGAGAUCAGAUAUGACAGCACGGCUUCUUCUGUGUUUGCAGGAAGUGCUUUGAACCUCACGUGCCGAGCGUUCUUUGGCUACAGCGGCGACGUCAGCCCGCUUAUCUACUGGAUGAAGGGGGAGAAGUUCAUAGAGGACCUGGAUGAAGAGAGAGUCCAGGAGAGCGACAUCAAGGUUGUCAAGCAGCAUCUUGGUGAGCAAGAAGUGGCCAUUUCGUUGACUAUUGACUCUUUGGAGGAGGAUGACUUGGGAAAUUAUUCCUGUUAUGUGGAAAAUGGUAAUGGCCGUCGACAAGCCACCGUCCAGCUUUUCAGGCGGGCAGAGCUCAUGUACACGGUGGAGCUGGCAGGAGGGCUGGGAGCCAUCCUGCUGCUUCUCAUCUUUCUCAUCUCCCUCUACAAAUGCCACAAGAUUGAACUGAUGCUUUUCUAUAGGAGGCACUUUGGAAGCGAGGAUGUGGAUGGAGAAAACAAGGAUUACGAUGCUUACCUAUCCUACACCAAAGUGGACCCUGACCAGUGGAGUCAGGAGACAAGGGAGGAGGAACGCUUCGCCCUGGAGAUCCUCCCUGAUGUCCUGGAGAAGCAUUAUGGCUACAAACUCUUCAUCCCGGACCGAGACCUCAUUCCUACAGGAAGUCUCACCAAUGAGCAUUUCCAGGAGAACACACGACUUUUUAGAGCCUACAUAGAGGACGUGGCGCGCUGCGUUGACCAGAGCAAACGCCUCAUUAUAGUCAUGACGCCCACUUACGUAGUCCGGCGAGGUUGGAGCAUCUUUGAGCUGGAGACGAGGCUGCGCAACAUGCUGGUGACCGGCGAGAUCAAAGUCAUCCUGAUCGAGUGCGCCGAGUUGCGGGGCAUCAUGAACUACCAGGAGGUGGAGGCCCUCAAGCACACCAUCAAAACCCUCACCGUCAUCAAGUGGCGCGGCCCCAAGAGCAACAAGCUCAACUCCAAAUUCUGGAAGCAGCUGCAGUACGAGAUGCCCUUCCGGCGCACGGAGCCCAUGCUCUCGCACGAGCCGGCGCUGGACGUGAGCGAGCAGGGCCCCUUCGGCGAGCUGCAGACCGUCUCGGCCAUCUCCAUGGCGGCGGCCACCUCCACCGCCAUGGCCACCGCCCACCCGGAGCUGCGCUCCUCCUUCCACAACACCUACCACACCACCAUGAGGCAGAAACACUACUACCGCAGCUACGAGUACGACAUACCCCCCGGCGGGACCCUGCCCCCCCUCUCGUCCCUGGGGAACCAGCACACCUACUGCAACAUCCCACUGACUCUGCUGAACGGCCAGAGGCCUCCCGGGAAGAGCCGAGAGCACAGCCUGGAAGAGACGCACGCCAACAACGCCAUGCUCCCGCUGCUGCCCAGAGAAACCAGCAUCUCCAGCGUCAUCUGGUAG